UUCGUCUUUACUCCAAUGCCUAUUUCGUGUGUCGUACUUCGUGUUUGUUCCCUUUUCUUUUUUUCCUUAGUCGUUUUCCCACUCUCUCAUUUACAACUACCUAACCCAAAGCCUCUUCACGCAGUCAUUAUAUUGCAGUGUGCAUGCAUUACAUUCAACUAUACUCAUAAGAAUGACAUUAUACCUAUGGAAGUUAGAUGCUUACCAGGUAGAUACCUAACAUUUAAGUUACUUUGAUUUGAUUUGAUUUUCUCUAAUUACCUCUUUUUUUCAUCUUUUCUUUCGGAUCGUUCCCCACUGAGAUAAGAUAUCUGUUUGGGCACAAACUCCGGUUGGUGGGUUACUUCGACGACGAUAACGUCGCUGUUGUGCAUAUAGCGCCGUCAUAUCUCUGGAGUCGGGACGCGGGACCCAUCCUGUUGGGACUGGGGCUGACGGUCCGUCCGGGGACAAGCGAGCACAACAUGAUCUGACGAUCCUAGUAUCGUAGGAUUACAUACUAUGUAGGUAGGUAGUAUACGUGUGGCGGGCGUAAAAGGAAAAGUCCCCCAAACUAAACUCCCCGAAAAGGUUCGUCUCACGUCACGCAUAUUCCUUGAUUCUUCCACGAAUGCUGACGUGAGGCCCGCAACAUCAUGAGGCCGUGGUCCAAUUAUAAGGCCACUGUUGACCUCUACUUUGGUUCGAGGAAUCAAGUCUGACGCCUCUUAAUAUGCGCAGGCUUAAUAUGAACAGGCGACAGUCAAUGCGGUUCUGUGUGACACCGAAACAUAAUUCUUCGUGCAUCGGGGAAUAGCUUCCAGGUAGCGGGUCAUCUUCUUAAAAUCUCACGGUCGACAUCUAGCUACUAUUUCGUUUGCCCGGAAUGGGAGAAAUAUCAGAGGCCUCCCUAUCAAUAUUGCACAAGGACUUUCUAUGCACGAUACACCGGAUGGGAAAUGUUCUUCCCCUAAUUGAGGCUAUAGCUGAUGUGAACCAUUGACAUGUCAAGCAUUGGCGUGUCAGCAUGCCAUGCCGCUUAUUAAUUUGCCGCCUUAAAUGGCCGGUAAAACACGAACAACACCUAGUUCACACGCCUCAAUAACGUUGCGCUAAUAAGGUGUCAAAGUUUAGUGACGCGAAGAAGUAAAAAGUAAAAACAGCAAAUCUGAACUAUGAAUUCUCGGGUGUGCAGUAACGGCUUGCAUACGACCACGGUCUCUUCUUGGUAGCCUGUAACCAGAAUGAACUCCCCAUUGGCGAAAAUAGUGACGAAUGCUGCAAUAUGCGGUGGCACACGGGAUAGACUUCCGAAAUUCUUAUCCAUCAGUUCCAUGACUUAGGUUGGGGUAUCGCGGUUGUCCAAUCAUUGAGUUCAUGAUAGUCAAGUUUAAGCGAAUAGCUCUCCAAGGUCGUCAAUAGUCCUUCAAUAUUGUUUCUUAUCAUUUUUCUUAUGCCGACUUUUUGUACGAGCACACAUCCGUAUUGCCGCCACCUCCUCAAGUUCAUCUGAUCUGCCCGUCCAGUAUCGCUUUCUGUCAUAUACAGUGCCAACAGCCCACAACCUCAGCCAUAUUUCCACCAACAUAUAUUGCCUCAAUGCGAGAACGGCGGAUGGGGACAGAUUGAGCACAUUUGUAUCCAAGAAGCGGUCCUAGCCUGUUAUUAAACUUAGCCGUUCCACAUUCUAACUGUAUACUCGCUGGGAGAAAGUUAUAUAGGUGUAUAUUGUUCAUAUAUUAUGUAUCUCAUAUAUCACGAAUCUAGCCUUAUUCAAAGCACUUGUCAUUUUAGGUGCAGAGACAAGACCUUGGUGACGCUUAUUCGGAUGACAAAUAUUAUUAGCCUACAUAGGACGAAUGUCACCCUUUUCCCUUGCUUUUUUGGUUUCAGCUCGGCUGCCGAAUGCCUCUUUCCAAU